AACUAGAAUCUUCGUCGUUGAUAUCACUAUCAUUGACAGAUUCUGUCACAAGGAUCGGUGUGGAUGGUACGAAAUCCUCUGGUUCAUCGAUGUGCGAAGGAACAAUUGCUUUCCUCCGUCUUCGUCCCCCGUCUUGUGCCGCUUCCAUCCUUCUUUUUGCUUCUUCGGGGCUUACGGCUUGUUAUAAAUCGGGGGUAGGCUCUCUUAGGGCACAUAAUUUCUUUGAGAGCG